GGGCACGAUUCGCAUGCCUGGUGGUGGCAGUGUGGAGCGUGCUCGAGCUGGAACCAGGUGGCGGCCAAGAAGUGCAAGCGGUGCGGCAUGAACAAGAGCUGGGCGCAGGCUGCGAACCCUGGUUCAGGCAUCACCGCCAGCAGUGGCCGUGGGGCUGGCGAGCCCCCGCCCUGCCCGUCGCAUACCGCUCCGCCGGCAGCUGUAUCCCCGAUGGUUGCCCAGGACAAAGCAUCUACACGUGCCAAGCAUGUGGCGAACGUCCGGCACAUCGAGGCAGCACUGGCAGCGUUGCCCGACGGCGACCCUGCAUUUGCGUCGGCACGGGCCACCCUGCAAGCCCAACUGAACACCGAGAAGAAAGCCAUCACCUCUACGAAGUCCGUUGCUGCGCAGAUCGAGGGAUGCCAGCAGGCCAUCCUUCGGUCACAGGCGCGGGCAACCAAGCUACAGACCACCAUCGACGAGUCGGUCAAGGAGCUCAAGAGCGAGGACGAGCACGCAACCUCCCUCAAGGAGGAGUUUGCGUCCCUCGAGGCCCAGCUUGCAGCGGGAGCUGCAGCCACGCCCGCCGACUCAAUCCAGUCGGCCACGGCUGCCUUGACGGGGAUGAUCAUUGACAUGAUGGCGUCCCCGGCCGUCCCCCCCGAGCACGUCCAGCAGGCCCAGAACCAGGUCAAGGUGCUGCUCGAGGGGGUCCAGCAGAUUGCCGCGGCUGCCCGCAGCAUGUACAGUCCAGCAGCUGCAGCCGCUCUGGCCCAAGAGGACGAGAUUAUGGGCACGUCGCUGACCCCGGCGGUACGGCCGCGGUCCAGUACCGAGUCUGGGGCGGCGACUGGGGCUGCGCCGACGCCGGCCAAUGGCCGCAAACCGCUCCGCGCCAAGACGGCGUCCGCCGAGGCCCCGCAGUACGGCCACGCGAAUCUGCCCGACGUCUCCGGAGACCCGGCGGUGGACAUUACGCUAAAUACCAGCAAGUCGGCAACGACUCAAUACCUAUGCGUUGCCACCGCCUACGUCCGCACCCUCAACAAUGGGAAGCAUGGCGAAGAUUGCAUGACAUCUGCAGGUGUUGCGGCUUUGGGACGAGCCCAACUCCUCGAACUUCAAUUCGCCAGCGCUGGCGCUGACAUCAUUUGCAUACAAGAAGGUUGCUCUCCUGCUGCUCAGGUUAAGAGCGGCAUCCAUUACUCCAUGCUCAUCGUCGCUGCCGAUGUGGGCCAAUUCGGCGUGCAGAUUUGGAGAAAGUAUGACCUCAAGCACAAAGUCAUUUUCGCACAUGAAGUGUCACCUCGGUUGGCCAUCCAGGUUGCGACCCUCGCCAAUGGCGCGACGGUGUCCGUGCUGAGCGCGCAUGCCCCCAUUGAGGCGGCGCCAGACCCGGCCAAGCGGUCAUUCUGGGACUCCAUGGGUCACCGGGUGUCGUGGCUGCGGUUCAGAUGGCCUUCCACCUAUCUCAUCAUCGGCAUUGACGCCAACGCGCGCGUCGGAUCAGUCCCCACGGACUGCGUCGGCCAGUGCAUGCCGUCCGUUGACAACCACAACGGCUCCCUGCUCAGGCAGUUCCUGGGCGAGGCGGGCCCGGGCAUACGGGCUCUCAACACAUUCGCCGGGGGCGACUACACGUGGCGAUCCGCUCACCAGACCACUGCCCGCAUAGACUACAUCUUGUCGGGUGCGGACGCGCCCUGGGAGGGUGCCCCCCCGCGCGUGCUCGACGACGUUGAGCUAGCCACCAGCGCGUGCGAGGACCAUAGGGCCGUUCUCGCCACCGUCGCCGUGGCAGGAGCGGCCGGCGACAUCCAGCCCAAGCCUGCCAUGAAGCUCAGCGUCAACAGGGCCAACCUCCUGGACCCCAAGUGCGUCCAAGCCUUCCAGGACUCCCUGUGGAGCGCGGUCCCGGAGGUCACUGGCAUGCCAGACGCUGACACCAAGCUCGAGGGAGCCAUCCAGGCGGUCUCGAAUGCCGCGACAAAAGCAUUCGGCCAUGCCCCGACGGUCCCGCGUCAACCGUGGAUCAUUCAGCGGACGUGGGAAUUGCUACGCCCCUUGCCCAUGCUGCGGCGCGCCAUGUUCGACAUGAAACGCCUUGUGAACAAGCAGCUGAUGAACUACGCCUGGCUGGCGUGGAGGUCGCUCUUCAGCCGUUCAUUCAUGCCCGCCGAUACCCAGGCGCAGACCAUGACGGCCACCGCCCAGAGGACAGCGCAGCCGCAUCGGCCGCGCGCCGAGUCCGUGACAUUUACAUCUGCCUCGCUGGCCGAGUCCGGGGCCGCAGCCCUCCAAGGUGCCGAUGGGCCGACUUGCGCGGGCACCGACGCGGAGAAGACCCGCAGCACACCAGCCGCCGGGUCGCGAGGCUCACGCUCUCGCAGUGACCAACCCGAUUGCGCUGGAUGGCGAGCCCGUGCUGAGGCUGCUGCUGUGCGGCGCACUGCCGUGAAGCUCCACCUCGCCGUGCAGCAGCGCUGGCAAGGUCUCAGUGAAGCCCAUCGUGCCAUACGCGGAAUGGUCAUGGACGAUAAGCGGCAGCUCAUGCACGACAUGGCCUGGAAGGCGGCGUGCGCGAAUGAGCACAAUGACAGCAAGGAGUCAUGCCGCAUCGUGCGCCUCCUGGGUGGCUUCAAGCCCCAGGCCAUCGAGGCGAUUGCCAACAAGGACGGCUCGCUCGUGAAGACCCCGGCGGAACGCGCGGACCGGUGGAUCGAGCACUUCACUGAGCUCUUCGCAGGCUACACCCUCUCAUCAUGGAAGGACGCGAAGACCGUGCAUCCGGGGCCCUACGCGACAGGCGCUUUCAACCCCACCCUGACGGAGGUCGACGCGAAGAUACAAGCGCUCGGUGCUGACAAAGCCCAGGGGCCAGAUGGAUUACCCCCAGGAGUGAUCAAGGCGGGAGGCUGCCCCAAGGCCGUCCACGUCCACUCCAUUGUCCAUGACAUGGUGGUCACUCGGUCGUGGCCUGCUCGCUGGAAGGGUGGCCGCAUGGCUACACCAUGGAAGCGGAAAGGCUCGCCCAAGGAGUGCAAUGACCAUCGUGGCCUCCUGGUUGCCGAUAGCAUGGCGAAGAUCCCAGCAGGGCUCCUGAAGGACGAAAUCAUGCCGGCCGCCAUCGAGAAGCUGCCCGAAACGCAGUUUGGGGGCAAGCCAGGCGGAGGUACGGAUUUCCCGCCCCGCGCCCUGACGCUCCUCACAGAAUUUGCGGACGCGCACUCCAUGUUUCGGCGCAUCAUCUUCUUUGACUUGACGCAGGCGUUCGACCGAGUCAUCCGGGAGAUCGUAUACGGCUGGCCGCCAUGCUCGGGCCAUUGUUGGGCUCGUGAUGCGGCUCGCGCAGGCUACCUCCGCCAGCGCGCCUUGCCGAUCAGAGCUGCAGCCAAGGUGGUGCCCCACAUCGACAAGCACGGCUCGGUGUUCGAACGCUGGAACAUCAACCCGGCGGUCAUUGCGCUCACACAGAACCUCCAUGACCGCGCGUGGUUCGCAGUGGAAAGGGGCUGCAAACUGGGCGGCCUCAUCUUCUGCUGCGUGUGCGAGGAGGCCUUGGCAGCGAUGCGCAGUGGCCUCAAGACGGCUGGCAUCACCCUCGUACUGAAAACCAGCAAGGGCGCCCCCUUCUGGACCUCUGCCAAGCAAGGCGACACCGUGAACCUCACGGCUGAAGUCACUUACGUCGACGACGAGGCGGUUGUCAUAGUGGCCCGCUCCUCCACCCAGCUCCGCAGAGCCAUUGGGGCAGUGAUUACCCUGUGCGCCAACGUGUUCGCCGAGUUCGGCCUUCGCAUCAAUUGGAAGAAGGGCAAGAGCGAAACUAUCGUUCGCUGCCGCGGCCCGGGGGCCGCGAAAGUCAUCGAGGAGCUCAGGUCCGAGCACGGGCUCCGCAUCCCGCUUGACUACGGCGCGACCGCAAUGCGCGUGGUGGAUGGGUACCAGCACCUCGGCGGUGUGAUUUCCGCCGGCGGCAGCAUGGUGCCAGAGGCGCGACAAAGAGCCUCCUCGGCAAUGUCUGCUUAUUCUCCGAUCGCGGCCAAGGUGUUCUCUUCGGUCGUCAUCGGCAACGCCGUGAAACUCCACCUGCUUCACAGCUUGGUUGUGUCGACACUGCCGUGCAACGUCGCUAUCUGGACAAUGUCCACCGCGGCACCCACGCAGAUACACGGCCCUUACAUGCGCGCCCUCAGGCGCAUUGCGGACGAUGUCAAGGCAGGGCAUGCGCCUGCUUUCUCGGACCUUGCCGUCCGCCGGAGGCCACAGGCCCCGUCAAUCGACUGUCUGGUGCUGCGGAAGCGCCUCCGCUACUACCACCGCGUGGUGACCCACCAGCCCUCCGCAGCGUGGGCCUUCAUGCAGGCGCGCCCGCGCGGUCGGCCGCUGCCGCAUGUCGCACAGCUGAUUGCGGAGCUCGACCUUUUCCGGCGCAUCGCACCUGAGCUCGAUGCCAUGCCUGGCUGCACGGUGGCCCCUGGCAUGUGGUUCUCCCGCAUGAGGUUCCGGUGCGAUAGCUGCGACCGCAAUUCCCCGUCCAACAAAGCCCUGUUAAAGCAUAAGAGAAUCGCUCAUAAGCAGGUUGCUCCGAUCAAGGCUUUUACUGACGAUCCGGGCGUUUGCCCCGCGUGUAAAACUAAUUUUCUGGAGCGGCAUCGGGUCAUUCGACGCGUCACCGACCGCCGGCGCCCUGCUUGCCGCAACCAGAUCACGUCGACCUUGCCCGCGCAACGCCCCGAGUUGGCGGCAGAGUGGGAGGCGCGCGACAACGAGCGAGUCAGGCUGGCCAGAAGAGCUGGCUCGACCCACAUCCUGGCGGCUGGCCACGCGGUUACAGCUGCAG